AUGGACGAUCGCCGCCAGAGCCUCAAACCGUCCGGCCUGCCACGGCCGUCUCGACUGCCCGUUGCCUCCACCCCAUCAUCCAUUUCGACCUCCCACUCAGCGCCCUCGUUUUCCGCAACCACGAACAGAGCCUUGCCUCUGCGGCAUACCCCAUCCAGAGGAUCUCUGUCAGGAGACGCCCUCGGUGGCCAGCUGCGCAACCCGAAGCUCCGAGCCGUUCCGUCGCGAGACCGCCUCAGCCCACAGCUAUCCUCAGGCUCGCCUGCCAACUCGGGUCUCCAACACCCAUCUCCCCGUACCCGUGCCGUGUCUGGACAGUAUGUCAAGGGGGCGAGAACACCGCCGGGCCCCAGCGCGCCGAACUCGCGGCCGACCACGGGUGACACAGCCAAAAAGCUGUUACCAAGACCGCUUACUCGACGUGCCUCCUCACAGCAACUGGCGAACACCCCUUCACCACCGACAUCACACUCCGUAAGCCCCGUGGACGACUUGUUUCUCGAUACCGUCAGCGAACAGAGUGUAGGCGAUGCAGGAGACUCGCUGCAUCCUCGACGGCUGCGUCCACGUCCAUCCCUGACCGAAAGAACGAUGGAGACGCUGUCCCAGAUCCCCAACUCGCCCGCCGUCAAGGGGAAGAGCUUUGGCUUUUACGACGAUGCCGGACGUCUGGCACAACGCCGCCGCGGCAGCUCAGCCGGGAGUACCUCUCGGCCGGGCUCUAGCUUUCAGUCCGAUGGGUCUUCUUCCCGCCCACAAAGCCGGCCAGGUUCGAGUUUGCGGCAGGAUGACACCAGCACCCCGAAUCCCUACACCGCGGUCAACGCGUUCCGAUCUGCCACCUCGUCCUUUGUUCCUAUUGAUGAACUGUCGAACCCAAGUCGCAUCGCCAGCCCACGCACCCUGAGAGCACCGCCUUCCCGAACCUCGCUGAACGCGGCCUUCCGGGCGGCGCCGAGAAAACAGACGGACCUCACGUCACCACCCAGUGACUUCCGCGCGAUCAGCCCAGAAAAGUCGCCUGUUGCUUCGCCUGUGCCGGGGAGGUUUGGUUCUAAGACGAUCGCAGCUCGACCUCUUAUAUCCCGCCCGUCCAUCAGCCGUCUGUACAGGAAACCGUCCAUGUCCAGCCUAGAGUCAUCGGUGGCUUCGCCUGCCCCUGUGAAGAAGAGCGUAAUUCCACCUCGCGCCUCGUCCACGUCCCGCGAAGGAGCCAAGCCGUCUAGGUCCCGCGACUCAGACUCAGCAGACUCAGCACAGGCUGCAGCCGACAACAGUCGGAAGUCAUCUGCGGCUCUGCGGGAGCAGAUUGCAAAAGCCAAGGCAGCGAGGCGGGCUGCGGCACAGCCGGUGAUAGAGGAGAGCCCGGUAUCGACUGCUGCGUCCGAUCCAACAGCAACAACCGUAUCUACAUCGGCGACCAGCUUGAGCGAGGCCGGCGAGGCGCCGGUGAUUCCGACAGACAGCACGUUCGACUUUGGCCUGAGCACAGAUCCUUUCGGUCAGGGCCGGACCAAACAAGCACACACAAAGGUCAUACAAGCCCGUGUUGAUGCGGCCCGCACGAGCGGCCGGCUGAAUAUUGCGGCCAUGGGUCUGCGAGAGAUUCCGAAGGAGGUCAUGGACAUGUACAAGUCGAAUUCGGGCGGCUCGUGGGCGGAGAACGUGGAUUUGACACGGUUUGUGGCGGCGGACAAUGAGAUCGAAAUGAUCGAGGACUCGGUGUUCCCCGACGUCGAUGUACAGGAGCUGGCCGACAACGAGGAGGGCUAUUUCAAUAUCUUUGGUGGGCUCGAGACUCUGGAUCUGCACGGCAACAUGCUGAUCUGUCUGCCCAUGGGACUGCGGAGGCUGCAGAUGUUGACGUCUUUAAACUUGUCCCAAAACCGGAUCACAAACAAUGCAUUCGAAGUGAUCUCGCAGAUCACGUCACUACGCGACCUGAAACUUGGUGGAAACCUGUUCUACGGGCCGUUGGACCCCUGUUUUGCGAAACUGGAGAACCUGGAGAGUGCAGACCUGCACGGCAACAACAUCUCUGUGCUUCCGGUGACUGUCGGCAACAUGGCCAAGCUCCGGAUCCUCAACAUUAGCGAGAACAACUUCGAGAGCCUGGUGUUCGAGCCGCUGUCGAAGCUGCCGCUUACCGAGCUGAUUGUGCGGAAGAACAAGCUGAGCGGGGUACUGAUCGAAGACGCGGUCUCGAGCUUGCCACAUCUCCAGGUGCUAGAUGUGUCGUCUAAUCAGAUUACGCACAUUGUGUCAGGGUCCCGGACAGACAGUCUGGAGAUGCCAAAGCUGCACAAUCUCUGCGUCUCGAUGAACCGGCUGCAGGUAUUACCAGAUGUCAGCAAGUGGAGCAGCCUGGUGACUUUGGCGGCCGACGAGAACAACAUCAGCAGCGUGCCGAGCGGCUUCGAGACGCUCCCCAGCCUGCGCCAUGCCGACUUCUCCAGCAACGACAUCCGGGUGAUCCCGUCAGAGAUUGGACGUAUGGAGAGCCUGGCGCAGCUGCGUCUCGGCGGCAAUCCGCUGCGGGACAAGAAGUUUUGCACAGCGACAACAGACGAGAUCAAGAGCGUGCUGGCCGGCCGUCUCGAGCCGGAACCAGAAGCAGAUGGAAAACAGAUGGCCGGCAAGGGACUGGAUCUGACCGCGGAUGAGCUGCAGGACGAGCUUCGAGACGCGGUGACGGAGCUGUCCGUAAAGACGUCGUCCCAGAGCCGACGACGAAGCAGCAACGUGGGCCCAGGUAUGGACGACAACAUGAGCGAAGGACGGUCGGAGGACGUGUUUGCGACGCCGCCGACGUCGGCUCCCCACACGCCAGCGCGGUCACGGUCUCAUACGAUAUCGAACCAGCUGUGGCCGGUCAAGGUGGGCGGCAUACUGGACCGGUCGGAGACGGGGUCGGCAGCGCUGAAUCCGCUGGUGGCAUCACGGGUGGCGCAGGAGCACCAGGUGCGAGAAAUGCACCUGCAGCGCAACAUGUUCACAGCGCUUCCGGACUCGUUGUCGUUUUUUGCGGAGACGCUGGCGGUGCUGUCGCUGGCACGCAACGCGCUGUCGGGCGAGUCGUACCUGGGCGAUGGGGGUGCGAGCGAGGGACUGGACCUACCGGUGCUGCGAGAGCUGAACCUGUCGUCGAACCACAUUACGGGGCUGAUGCCGCUGGUGCGACAGCUGCGGGCGCCGUCGCUGCGAAAACUGGAUGUGAGCGUGAACCGGGUGGCGAUGCUUCCGGCAGGCGGCCAAUUGCGGGCAGCCUUUCCGGAGCUGUCGGUAUUGCUGGCGAGCGACAACCGGCUGUCGGAGCUGGAUCCGGAGAGCAUUCGGGGCCUGCGCAUCGUCGACGUGACCAACAAUGACAUUGAGCAUCUCAAUCCGCGGCUCGGUCUCCUGGGUGGUGUUGGCGGGCUGGAGCGGCUCGACGUGCUCGGUAACCGGUUUCGUGUGCCGCGUUUCAAUGUGCUCGAGCGUGGCACCGAGGCAACUCUUCGCUGGCUGCGCGGCCGUGUUCCCGUGGCUGAGAUGGGCAUCUGGCGUGAGGCCAACCGGAGUAGUACGACCGGUGGUGGUGGCGGUGGCAGCAGCGGCAGCGUUGUCGAAGUCGUCGACGAUGAAGUGGAUUGA